CGACGUCCCAAGCGCAUCGCCAUUCGAUGCUGGUGCUGACACUCUUGACCGUGCUCGUGGGGACGGCCCUCACCGCCGAGUACAACGCCGAUCGAUGCACAGUUCUCCUGGUCGGGGCCAAGGCGUCGGCGACCGGCACCCCCAUGACAACGCACACCGCCGACUCGUCCGAUUACGACUUUCGCAUUGCCAAGGUGCCUCGCCAACAGCAUGCGGCGGGUUCCCACCGCAACAUUCCGCUUCUGCACCAAGUGUACCCUCGCUUUGUUGGCCGCGACCGCGGAGCCCCCGAGUACUACCGCGAGAACGUCGAGGCGGGUUUUUUCAACUGGACAGACACCCCCGUCAUUGGCACGAUUCCCCAAGUCGACAUCACGUUUGGCUACAUCGACGGCAUGUACCCGAUCAUGAAUGAGCAUCAACUCGCGUUCGGCGAAAGCACUUGUGGGGCGAAACUCUGGGCAAAGCCAGCCACCCAGGGUGGAUCGGCUCUGUUUGACAUCACGGAGCUCGCUCGGGUGGCCCUCGAGCGCACCAAGACAGCGCGAGCAGCGAUUCAACUCAUGGGCGACUUGGCCGUGCAAUACGGCUACUACGGCGCCGAGUGGGAAGGCGACGGCGUGUACAGCGAAGCGGGCGAGACACUGACUGUCACGGAUACGAAGGAAGGGUGGGUGUUUCACAUCUUGCCGGACGACACGGGGGCGUCCGCGGUGUGGGUCGCGCAGCGUGUGCCCGAUACGCACAUCGUCGCGAUCGGCAACCAAUUCAUCAUCCAUCAAGUCAACCUGACCGACACGGCCAACUUUCUUGGCUCGACAAACUUGUACGACGUGGCCAAGCGCAAUAACUUUUGGGACGGCAAAACCGACUUCGACUUUACUUUGGCGUACGCGUCGCCGUUGGAUGUCUCGAGCAGCAAGAUCCUCACUCGGCGCCAAUGGCGCGUGCUCACGUUGGCCAACCCGACGUUGGCUUUGAGCCCCGACACGGACGUGUACGGGUCCGACUAUCCGUUUUCCGUCGAGACGGCGGGAAUCCUGACGGUCCAAGACAUCAUGCGCAUGCAACGAGAUCAUUAUGAAAACACGCCGUUCGACUUGACGCAAGGACUGGCUGCCGGACCGUACGGGAACCCCGAUCGCUUUGCCCUUGGCGACAACGUGUCUGCGCCGUCAUGGGCGAACGGCCAUCGAACGACGUUUGAGCGCCCGAUAUCAUACCACACAACGUCGUACUCGUACGUGACGAGCUUGCACCCGACCGACGAAAACCACGCGCUCAUUUGGUUUGGAGCGUACGUCCCCCAUGCCACUGCAUACGUGCCGAUCUACGCCAAAGUGAGCGCCGUCCCCGCGCUGACCAACCACGGUUCUCUCCUCCGCUUUGAUUUCAACGUGUCGUACUGGCUCCACGCCGUCAUCGGCAACUACGCCGGACGCUUCUACAAACACGCGAUGCCGGCGGUCGCCGCGGUCCAAAAGGUCGUUGAGGACAACGCGUUUGCAGCUCAAGCCGACGUCCAAGCCAAGGCCGUGUCGAUCUUGGCGACCGACGGCGAAGCGGCCAUGGUCGCCCACCUGACCGCGAGCAGCGACAAGUUUGCCAAAGCGGCUCACGACGCGUUUUACGCGCUGUUCCUGGACAUCGUGACGCGGUUCCACGAUGGGUGGAUUUUUUCCGACUUUGCGACUGAAACAAUGCGCAUGACAGCGAUGGGGUAUCCGAGUUGGUGGCUGGAAGAGGUGGGGUACUAUGGCCCCCGGCCGGAGAAAUCAGCAGGGACGGGAACGUUGGUGUUGGGUGUGGUUACGGCGGUGGCGUUGAUGGGUCUGUGCUUUUGGUUGGGCCGCCGCUCCGCCAAUUCCAAGGGCUAUGCCUCCAUCAUAUAGUUAGCAGUAGGCAUCAUAUUUUCCUCGUGAACAGUUGUGCCAUGCUUGUGAAAGUCAUGUACAUACCAUGGCAUAUUCGGUGC